GCUACAAAAACAGUGUUUCUGUAGUGUUUGUGCAGCAGCAGGGAGGUGGCAUGGCGUCAGUAGAGCAGGGUGUCACAGAGAGAAGGUCCGCAGCAGCAGCAGCAGCACACAGAGGGCUUGUUGAAUCAUAGUUUCCACUCUGGAACAUCAGGAGGAACGCCUUGAGGAGAACACACACACGCAGGCAGGCUCAGGCUGGGGCGGACCCACGGACUAACUUGGUUUUAAAAUCUAAAGCAUAUAGAUUGAGCUGCUUAAUUUUAUUUCAAAGAAUGGUUCUAAUUCAAGUGACACCAAAGAAAGAAGUGUAUUGAACACUUCCAACUUUUUCACAAACUUUUUACGCAGUUCCGAUCUACGAUGACCGCACCGGGGAGUAAAUGUGUUAUCGUUCACCCGGACUGUUUAUCAACUAGUUGAACCGACGAUUGAUGUUUUAUUUUUAAACAUGUAGUGCACUACAUAUUAUUGUACGGUUUAUUGGAGGAUUGGCCCGCAGUGUGUAACGAGUUGUUGGUCCGCCUCUGAAGGCUUCGUGACGGCUCUGUGCCGAAGCACGGCUCCUCAACAUGGAGCUCCAGCUGGUCAUAGGCUUCUUCUACUGUAUGAUCCUACCUGCAGUGCUUCUGACAGCAUGUUUGUUGCGCUACACUGUAUUCUCCCUGGUCUACCUGUUCUACUUGCUGCUGCUACCAUGGUUCUUCUGGCCCAACAAGCACACAGUCAGAGGUCCAACAGGCCUAUACAUCAAAGGAUUGUUUUGCACCAGUCUGGUUUUUGUGCUGGCUCAUGUCUGUUUCCAGACGAUGCUAUACACAUAUCCACCUCUGUAUACAGCUCUGGCUGACAACUGCACGCAAUGGGACGUGCUCUCCAAACACAUAGGACUGUCAAGGCUUUCAUUGGACGACCCAUGGGGUCUGAUGCGUCAGUUAUGCCCGGAUGUAGGGGUGUGCAUGGUUGCCCUGGUAACCAUGGUACUCUGCAGCCAAAUAUCGAAGAAGAGGGAGCUGCUGGCUGCUUCUAACAUCACCUCGAUUGAAGAUGUACUCACAGACAUUGAAGAAGAAGAAGAAGAAGAAGAAGAAGAAGAGGAAGAGGAAGAGGAAGAAGAAGAAGAUGAGGUGAAUGAAGCAGUCAUUGAUGAAUUUGUUGAAGCAGACAUCGAUGUUGAAGCAGGCAUUGUAGUUGCAGACGAGGAUGAGACGAUGCUUUCAUCCAACAUGCCUGCUGAGAAGGUUUCCACAGCGACCAGAGCUAAGCAGCUGGCCCAGCGACUUCGAACCACAGCACACGAGGUUCUCCAGGACGUAGGACGGAUCCUAACCAUAUGUCUUUUGGCUUUAGCUGGCAUAACUUUUCCAUCUACGUUCUCUGCGGUCUACUUUAUUCUCUUCAUUGGCCUGUGCACAUGGUGGGCGUGUCACCUUCCCAUCAGCCCCGUGGGGUUCAACGCGCUGUGUGUCAUGGUUGGAUUCUUCACUGCUGGACACAUGGUCUGUCUGUAUCUGUACCAGAGUCAGGUGGCACAAAGCCUCUUCCCACCUGAAAGUCUAUGGGCCAGACUGUUUGGCCUGAGGACAUGCAUUCAAGCAUGGAAGCUGUUCUGCCCCCUCAGACCUCAUCGUGAACUCAACCAUAUUGGCCCGUCUAUGUCAAUCCGACGCCACGUGGCCAUGCUGUGCCUCGCCCUUCAUCCUGUUCUACGGCCCUGGCGCUGUGUUUCUCUGCAGUUCAUCUGGGCCAUGGAGUUCCAGCUAGAGCUGCCCAACAAUGUGGGGCUGCUGAGUCUCAGACAGCUGGGCUUAGAUAGGGCUCAGUACCCAUGCCUCAGGCUAGGCGCUAUGCUUCUCUUUACUCUUACCUUCUGGCUGUUGUUGCGGCAAUCAGUGAAAGAGAUUUUCAGUAGGAAAAUUAAGAUGUUCACUCAACUCCAAGAGGUCAAUACCAGAGGACAGAGUGGGGGUGAUGCAUCAGUGCUGAAGGUGGUGGGAGGAGUGGUGAUGAGCUGCUAUGCCAAGUACUGGAUCUACGUCUGUGGAGGGAUGUUUAUCAUGGUCUCCUUCGCUGGGAAGCUUGUUGGAUACAAAAUCGUUUACAUGCUGCUCUUCCUUCUCUGCCUAUGCCUCUAUCAGGUGUACUACUCCCUGUGGAGGAAGCUGCUGAAGGUGUUCUGGUGGCUGGUAGUGGCCUACACCAUGCUUAUCUUAAUCUCAAUCUACACCUACCAGUUUGAGGACUUCCCUGGCUACUGGAGGAACCUCACUGGGUUCACAGAGGAACAGUUGGCUGACAUCGGCCUGGAGACAUUUGCUCUGUCAGAGCUGUUCAGCAGCAUCCUGAUCCCCGGCUUCUUCUUGCUGGCAUGCAUAUUGCAGCUGCACUAUUUCCACACGCCGUUCAUGAGCCUCACAGACCUGGAGCACGUAAACCCUUUACACAGAAAGAGUGGCUGCGCCAAUUCUGAGGGCACUGAGUGCCUUGAUGAAGAUCUGGAGAUCGGAAACCACGAUCUAGAGGAUGGAGCGCUUAUGCCUAGUAAAUGGGGUCUAGUGAUGGAUAGGUUGCUGGUUCUUUGCAGACAGUUUUCAGAUACGUUGACCCAGACUCAGGAGUUUCUCUGGAGGUUACUUGAACUCCACAUCGUUAAGAUGGUGGCCUUCUACACCGUGUGGGUCGCUCUAGGAGAGCCUUCAGUCAUGAACCUGUUGCUGGUGGUCCUGUGGUCCCUAGCCAUGCCCUACGGCCGCUUCAGGCCCAUGGCGUCCUGUCUGUCCACCGUCUGGGUGUGUGUCAUCAUCGUGUGUAAGAUGCUGUACCAGCUGGUCAUCGUCAAUCCGGACAAGUACUCAAACAACUGCAGCCUGCCUUUCGCCAACAUGACCAACCUGUCCCCGGAGCAGAUGAAGAACUCUACGCUGUACAAGGGGCCCGUGGACCCCGCCAACUGGUUCGGCUUCAGGAAAGAUGCCACAGUGCUGGGAUACAGCAAAAAUCAUUUGGUGGUCCUUAUGCUGCUGGUGUUUGAAGCCACAGUCUACCGUCACCAGAUCCACCACUACUGCCAGGUCCAGUGCUCCCCCCCUGCGGUCCAGACCCUGUUCCCCGCGGCCACCAGAGACACUCUGGACCAGGGCCUCAUGAACUGCCUCAAGUACCUGCUCAACUACGCCUUCUACAAGUUUGGGCUGGAGAUAUGCUUUCUGAUGACGAUUAAUGUGAUUGGCCAGAGGAUGAACUUUGUGGUUAUAAUCCACGGCUGCUGGCUGGUGAUCAUCAUAGUGAGGCGGAGGCGGGCAGCAAUGGCUCGGAUCUGGCCUAAGUACUGCCUAUUCCUGUGCGUUUUCAUGAUUUAUCAGUAUGUCCUCUGCGUGGGGAUGCCGCCCGCCCUCUGUAUCGACUAUCCUUGGCGGUGGAACACUCCAGUGAUGAUCAACUCCGCUCUGAUUAAGUGGAUCUAUCUGCCCGAUUUCUACACUGAGCCCAACUCACAAAAUCUUAUAGCGGAUUUUGUCCUGCUGAUGUGUGCCUCCCAGCAGUGGAAGGUGUUUGAGAAUGAGCGGACAGAGGAUUGGAUGGUUCUUGCGGGGGAGAACACAGACUGUCCUGAUCCAAUGGAGAACCAACUAUUCAACCCAACACCCAAUUUCAUCAACUGCAGGUGUUACCUCGAUAUGGCUAAAGUCCUGGUGUUCCGAUACCUCUACUGGUUUGUGCUGUCAGUGGUCUUUGUCACAGGAGCGACAAGGAUCUCUGUGUUCGGACUGGGUUAUUUGCUGGCGUGUUUCUUCUUCUUUUUGUUUGGGACUCAGCUAUUGGUCAAACCAGCAAGGGCCCGCCUUGCUGUGUGGGACUGCCUUAUCAUCUAUAAUGUAGCAGUUAUCAUUGCAAAGAAUCUGUUAUCGAUCCUGGCAUGUGUAUUUGUAGUUGGGAUGCAGAAAGAUUUUUGUUGGGUGAUACAGCUCUUCAGUCUAGUUUGCACAGUGAAGGGUUAUUAUGACCCCAAGUCUGUGGGCGACAAGACCUGCACCCUCCCAGUGGAGGAGGCGGGCAUCAUCUGGGACAGCAUCUGUUUCCUCUUCCUGCUGCUCCAGAGGCGGGUCUUCCUCAGCUUCUACUUCCUGCACGUGACAGCAGAGCUCCAGGCCUCCGCCAAACAGGCUUCAAGGGGUUUUGAGCUGUUCAGAGCCAGUCUGGUGAAGGACAUGACGUUCCACCAGAAGGCCGAGGAGAAGUCCCUCUCACAGCUAAAGAGAUCCAUGCAGAGAAUCCGCUCCAGACAGAAGAAGUACCGAGCAGGACGUAGAUCUUCUGGAGGUUCUCUGGACGAUGAAGCUGAUGACCCUUCCUCCCGUCCAGACCCCAGAAGGAAGACCCCGAAGAGAUGGCAUCAGCCAUGGAUGCACCACGCUACCGUGCUCCACUCUGGCGAGUACUACCUGUUUGAGUCAGACAGUGAGGAUGAGGAAGACACGCCCUUUGAGGAGCCAACCCCUCAGAAGCAGACUGCAUGUCAGCUGGCGUACCAGGCCUGGGUGACCAGUGUGAAGGGCGCUCUACGCGACCGCCAGAGACGACAGCGAGAGCUGAGGCGGUUGGAGAGAGGAGACAAGAGCAAGGAGAGGGACAACAGAAGUAACCAAGAGGCUGGGCUGGAGUCUGGUGACCAUAAUGUCUUUGAGGAUCUGAUCCAGGAUGGACAGCAGUCAACUGAGCAGUCAGACUCUGGUCAUGGAGCAGUGGUCCAAAGGAUCCUGGAUAUCCUGAGGUUCUUAUGGGCCAUCGUGUUGGCAAUGGUGGACGGGCUGUCUGAGUGGCUCAAUCUGUUGACUAAACAGUACAGGGAUACUUCUACUGUUCUGUGCAAAGAACGCUACCUGCACAUACACAAGAUAGACAGGAAUGUCCACAGACAAUACCAGAAGGCUGUUAAACAUAAACUACUCCAAAUGCUCCAUUACGUGGCCCCUAAAUCUGCUUUCCCCUUCCAGCCGGGGACCACAGCAGAGCCUUCAGGGGACAAUCUCUCUGAGGACGGGGACACACUGGAGAACAGCUUAAAUGAGACAGAUGCAGAAACAAACAAUUUCCUGGCCAUCACAGGUUGGUCCACAGUACCACCAGCAGUCUAUUAUGGUGGAACUGAGCAGUCAUCAGAAUCCACAUCGUGCAGCACCGUGAGGCUGGCAGUAGAGCCACAGGGGGGUCACAAACAACACAGACACUCCAGAACAGCCAGUGAAAUGCUGGGAGAAAGUUCUCAGUUCUUCAUCGAGGAGCUGGAGCAAAGCAGGGACUUCUACGCCAAGCAGAACCGCCUGUUAAAGCUCCUCUUUGCCUUGUACAGCCUGUUGGCUGCCAACUCAGAGCUGGUCUGCUAUUUAAUAAUAGUGCUCAAUAAUGUGGUCUCAGCCUCGGCCAUAUCCCUUGUCCUGCCCAUACUCGUGUUUCUGUGGGCCAUGCUAGCUGUCCCACGACCCACCAAGAAAUUCUGGAUGACGGCUAUUAUCUACACAGAGGUGAUGGUGGUGGUCAAAUACCUGUUUCAGUUUGGCUUCUUUCCAUGGAAUAGCGUUUAUGAGAUGACUUUAAACGAGGACAAGCCCUUCUUUACACCGCGGAUCUUGGGCCUUGAGAAGACAGACAACUACAUCCGAUACGAUCUGUUACAACUACUAGCACUCUUCUUCCACAGGUCUUUGCUGAUGCGCUACGGCCUGUGGCACCAGGAGGGCCCGCUGGAGGAGAACACAGCGGCCAACGAGGACGGCAUGGACAGAGAACGGCAAGGAAGGGAGAAGGAGGAAGCAGCAAGGGGAUCAGAUGAAGACGUUUUUCAGAGAGGACUUGCGAACAAGGACACCAAUGAAUCCGACUGGACCGACCAGCAAGGCCCAGUCCUGAUUCAGUCAGAAAAGGAUGAACACCGUGACCCUGCUAUUGUUAUUGGAUACACCCAAGAGAUAACUGCCACUGGACCGCAGGAUGGUUUGGAAAACCCUGCUGGUCCAGAGAACACCAAGCUAGAGGGAGAAGGACACACGGAAAAGACUGAACCGAGAAAGAGAAGCAGACUCCGCUUCCGGAAGGCCAAACGAAAGACGAGCAACGAUUUGCCAACAGAAGCUUCACAGCCAAUCAAGGAGCCGGUUAAGAAGAAGGGGAGAGCAGACGAGCUGAGACUUUUAGCUGCAGGACAGAAGAUAAAGCAUGUGUUAGUCUCCCGCGUUCAGGAUGUUUACAGACCUACCCGCUGUUUCUUUGUGAAUAUCCUCCACACGGAAUACCGUGCAGCUACAGACGUCUACGCUCUCAUGUUCCUGACAGACGUGGUUGACUUUAUCAUCAUUGUGUUUGGAUUCUGGGCGUUUGGCAAACACAGCGCUGCAGCAGACAUCGCCUCCUCUCUGUCGGACGACCAAGUCCCCGAGGCCUUCCUGGUGAUGCUGCUCAUCCAGUUUAGCACCAUGAUCAUCGACAGAGCUCUGUACCUCCGCAAGACUGUACUGGGAAAGCUCAUAUUUCAGAUUAUCUUAGUGUUUGGUAUUCACCUGUGGAUGUUCUUUAUUCUUCCUGCAGUCACUGAGAGGAUGUUUAACCAGAACUUCGUGGCCCAACUAUGGUACUUUGUCAAGUGCAUCUACUUCGGCCUGUCUGCCUAUCAGAUCCGGUGUGGAUACCCCACCCGAAUUCUGGGCAAUUUCCUUACCAAGGGAUACAACCACCUCAACCUUUUUCUGUUCCAAGGGUUCCGACUCGUUCCAUUCCUGGUUGAGCUGCGUGCUGUCAUGGAUUGGGUGUGGACUGACACAACCUUGUCUCUGUCAAAUUGGAUGUGUGUUGAAGAUAUCUAUGCAAAUAUCUUCAUAAUAAAGUGCAGCCGUGAGACAGAGAAGAAAUACCCCCAGCCUAAAGGGCAGAAGAAGAAGAUAGUGAAAUACGGAAUGGGCGGACUGAUCAUUUUCUUCCUGAUAUGCAUUAUUUGGUUCCCACUUCUCUUCAUCUCAUUGGUCAGAUCUGUGGUGGGUGUGGUCAACCAUCCCAUCGAUGUGACUGUGACAGUGAAGCUCGGAGGUUAUGAGCCCCUGUUCACUAUGAGUGCUCAGCAGCAGUCCAUCCAGCCCUUCUCUGAGGCAGACUAUGACAGACUUACAACACUUUUUGGAGACAACGCUGUCGCCAUGCAGUUCAUAACGUUCUACAGUUCUGAGGACAUCGUGACAGCCCGGAUCGAGGGGAGCUCGGGGUCGGUGUGGAGGAUCAGCCCCCCCAGCCGACAGGAGGUGGUAAAGGAGCUGAUGGGGAGUCCUGGUGAUCUAACGCUGCGGCUUGCAUGGAACUUUCAGAGAGACUUGGGCAAAGGUGGGACUGUUGAACACUCGUUUGACAACUCCAUAAACCUGGAGCCAGGAAACCCAGUCAGAGCGGACCUGGCUUCACUACUGGUUGGCAACCGCACUGAGCCUGUGCGUAUUCCUCAUAUGUUCCCCAAUUACAUCCGGGCCCCGAAUGGCGCUGAGGCCAAGCCGGUGACCCAGCUCUAUGAAGGGGAUGAGGAUGGGUACCAGAAUGUGACUCUGUCCCUAAUGAGCGACAGGUCCUUAAACCGCAGUGGGACCCAGGAGUGGUGGGACAUUGCCAUCGAUGACUGUAAACCUUCCACAGGCAGCUGUCGCGUGUUGCCCAUGAUCAUAUUUAAUGACAAAGUCAGUCCGCCGAGCUUGGGUUUCCUUGCUGGAUACGGAAUCAUGGGUCUGUAUGUGUCGGUGGUCCUGGUGAUUGGAAAGUUUGUCCGCGGGUUCUUCAGUGAGAUCUCCCACUCCAUCAUGUUUGAGGAACUUCCCUGUGUGGAUCGCAUCCUAAAGUUGUGCACUGACAUAUUCCUGGUCCGUGAGACAGGAGAACUGGAGCUGGAGGAGGAGCUCUACUCAAAACUCAUCUUCCUGUACCGCUCCCCGGAGACCAUGAUCAAAUGGACCAGAGACAUGCAAGUCAGGGGUCGAAGAAGAAACUGACCCUUUAAUUUAAAGAAGUAUUUAUGAAACAGUACAAUGAAUAGCAAAAAAUGCAGUGCAUUUACAACGGAAUGUAAGCAGACAUGACAGGACGUAUGAAUUAUUUCCUAGAUGACCUCUUGCAACCAUCAUUUGGACUCUUGUGGAUUCUUGGUGUUUUUUUAUUCAUUUUCUAUUUUUUUUAUUCAGACUCAAAUGAAUAAGGGAACAAAAAAUAAAAGCAUAAUAGACUAGCUGUGAACAUGAAAUGAGAAUGGCGAUUUUAUCGUUAAAAUAAUAAUGUUAAUAUUUUUAUGGUUGAUAAAUUCCCCCUGAAAGGAGGACUUUAUGAAGUGAAAACAAUGCAAAUAAAUGAAAUGCAACAUUUGUCAGGUUGCUUAUGUUUAACAAAGAUAU